AUGUCAAACAAAUAGAAUAAUAAAAACUCGCAUAACUAAAAAAGUAAUGCGGUUAAGCCUGUAGAUGAUGAAUUUUGGAAAAAAAACGACUAAUACGAUUUCGAUUAAAUAAAUAGCAAUUCGCAAGGUGGAGGAAGUUAGCAUUUGAACUCUAAUAAUAACAGCAAAAAUAAUUAAAAAAAGAAUCAAAUGAAAUAAAAUGGCUCUUAUCCUAAAAAGAAUAAAUAUUAAAAAACCCCUAAUUCUAAUAAUUUAAAUAGCAAUAAUUAUAGCGGUAGCAAUAAUCAUAAUAAAUAAAACAGCAAAUCUAUUUAAAAAUAAUAAACAAAUAAGUAUGUAUUGAUGGAAAAAAAUGAUAAUAGCAGUUGUAAUUCAUAAAAUUCUGCAUCUAACUAAGCGCAUGGAUAAUUUGAAAGUUAAUAAAGCACUGAGUAGUUAGCUACGUAUGAAAACAAUGCAAAAGGCAAGCUUUAAAUUUAAUAAAGUAGUGCAAGUCCUAACUUAUCUUCAAAUAAUAGCUAAUCAAAUAUAAACAUUAUAAGUGGCUCUUUUUCAUAAUCUAACGUUAACUUCAAUUCAGCAGCAGUAUAACAGAGUUCUAAAGAGAGUCCAAAGCAUAUAAAUUAGCAAAAAAUAGGAUCUAAUGCCACUAAUAAUUCAGAAUAAUAUAGUAAUUAAAUAAUCUAUACUUAAAAAUUAAAUAAUUCCUCUAAUCAAAAUACAGAAUAGCAUGGAAAUUUUGAAUAUAGUAAUACUUAAACAUAAUCUACCAACAACAAUACUUCAAUUUCAAAUACAAAUGCAAAUACAAACACAACAACACCAAUUAAUAGUUCAAACUAAGCAAACACUUCUUCAUAAAUCAAUACACACUCAUAAAAUUAAUAAUAGCAUUUAUCUAACCAUUAAGCUUCUUCAUAAGGCAAUUAUACAAACUCUGCUUCCAAUUCUUAAGUUUCUAACAUAAUAAAUAAUAGCAACAAUUCUAAUAAUAAUUAAAACAAUAAUAUAAAUUCAAAUAAUAACAGCAAUCCUAAUAACAAUUAGAAUUAUUAAAAUAGCUCAAAUGUAAAUGCCAUCAAUAAUAUUAGUAGCCAUCAAAACAGCUAUUAUAGUGUUUAAAGCAGUAACAAUAAUAGUUAAAAUAAAAAAAGCUAUAACAGUCACUAAAAGCAAGAAUUUUAAGAAAAAGUUGAAGGUAAUGUUAGUCAAAAUAACAGCAACUAAAUGUAAAAAGUGAAUAUUAGCAACAAUAAUAUAAACAAUCAUUAGUAGCGAUAGGGAGGUUAAAAUCACAAUAAUAGUUCAAACAAUGACCAAAAGAUAUAUAAAAUGAAAUAAUAAGGUGAAAAUAAUAGAUAAUAUAAUAACUAAAACUAAAAUCCUAUCAUAUAUUCUGAGGUAUAGCCAACAAACAGCAGUGUAUCUAAUUCUAAUAAUUUAAAUAGUUUCCAAAAUAGUUAACAAAAUGUGCCUGAUAACUCCUCUAAAAUGUAAAGAAACACUCCUCCUCCUAAAGAAAGCUCUAUUUAGUUUGACAUCAAAACUGCAAACAAAAAUAUUGUGAUAAUAAUUGAAGAAGUAAAUUUCAAGGAAGAUAAAAUUGACAGUAUACUUUCUUAAUAGAUAAAAGUAGCAAACUUAGAAACAAGAAUAGAAAUUUAGCUAAAGAUGGAAAUAAUAUUUGAAAUUCUCAAAAAUAUCUUAGAUAAAUCAAUAAAAUUUGAAGAUUUAUCCUAAGAAGGAACAUAUAUAAAUAAUUUACAAAAAUUAUUAAAAUAGUACAACGACCAAAUUGAUUCUAUUUUUAUUUCUGUGAAAACAACAAACCCUCCUGCUUCUCCUCCUCCAAUAAAUUAGCAAUACUAGCAAUAAUAAGUUUACAACUAGAAUAAUUUAAUGCCAAUAUAACAAUAGUAAGUAUAGCCUAAUUCAUAUGCAAUAAUGUAAAAUAUGCAGCCAUAGUAGUAAAUAUAGCAACCUCAAAUGUAGCCAUAAUAAUAGCAAUAGUAUUUUGGAAAUAUGAUGUAAAAAUUGCAGUAGAAUACAUAUUAAACAUAUCAGUAAUAGUAAUAACCUUAAAUAGCUCAUUAAAUUCCUAUGCUUAGCAAUUAAUAAAUGUAGAUGUAAAAUAACUUGAAUUAUCACUAAUAGCAGCAAUAUUAUAAUUAAUAAAUUUAAUAUUUUUAUCAUCAUGGCUAGUAUAUUUUUAAUAACCAAAUGUAAAAAUAGCAGCCAAAGUAUGGAAACAAUAAUAAUUUCAAAUAAAAGUAAGGGGUGUACAAAUAAAAUAUGCAUAACAAUAAUAUAAAUUAGGAAGAAGACAAUAAAAAUUGA